GAAAGAGAUAAAGACAACGAGGAGAACAUCGGAAAGGAGUGCGUGCCCCUGUGUGUCCUGUUGGUUUUGUAGUUGUAUUGGUCGAGCAUCGCACACACUCAUCAACUCAAGGAACCCACGGUGAGGCAUGAGUGGUAUAUUGUGGAUUACGGUUGUGCCAUUGAAGCUGCUCAAUUGCACAAACUCGUUGGUGAAUUCACAUCUUGUCUCGCGAGGACUUCGUGUCACCAACCUCGUGAGAUAUGAAUUUUCAUUCACCUUCAGCCCAGAAGUAACUAUUUCAUGGUGCAAAUCGUACGGUAUUUACUGAAACGUCCACACUACUGGUAUAUCUCCUUAAGAUCUUUGCGAGCUGGGAUAAGACAGGACGAGAGUUUAUGAAUAUUGAUGAACAUUUGUCGUCGACGGGCCUGCCGCACCUCAUCGAUUUUUACUACUCUCCUCCAUUUUUCCCAAUUUCCUUUUUUUUUCGACAUGCGUGAGAGGAUUUUUAUUGAGUUUUUUUUUUAAGACUAAUCUGCACGUCUCCUGACCCAACAUAACGCUACUCGCCCGUUCAACCAAAGGGGGCAACAAUCUAACUGUACAUUUCUGCUCUCUUGCGCGAACGACCACCGACCUUAUGCUCGCGUAGUGUUGUACAUAGAUUUCCUUACCCUCCCUUCCUAUUUUUAAAAUUGACACCUCAGGCAGACAUCUCUGUCAUUGGAUUUUUUUUUUCAUUCAAAGAACAAAGAGAUUCAGCGUGUUCUGAUACACCAAAUGCGAAGUUGCUCUCUUAUUAUAUAUAUAGUGCAGUCGUUCUUUUUAUUUCAUUAAUAGUAUCCAUCCGAACAAUGCAAAUUAAUUUUUCAUUGAAGAGAUAAUUGUCUCACCGCACGGAGAAAAAUAUUGAGUAAAAAUUGCGGGACUAAAGUUCGCUUACUGAUUACAGAUGUGACGAGGAAAACUUGAAUGUCUGUAUGAUAAUUUUUUUAACCGAAAACUCUAAUAAAGAUACAUAUUUUUUAUUAAAUAUUUCUCUCCCUGCGUGGUGCGAGAAUUCAAGCAUUUAUCUAGCAAUGAUCCGCAUGGAAAUACCUCUCGAUUCACCGAUUCUUCUUUCCAUUACUGCAACCACAUUUCUUCCUGUUCACCUCAUCUCUUUCAUGUUCCCACCACUAUUUACCUGUUUGGUGAGAAUGAAUGGUAACUCUCGCGUCGCACCCAGGAGGAGAACGUUCGUCCUUUCGAUUACGUCUCUGACGUCGUCCUCGAUUGGAUUUAUGUAACUUAACCAGCAUAUGUGCGUGACACGAAUCAAUCUCCAUGUGAACAUCACUUGCUGCUCUCUCUCUCUCUUGACAAAAAUUCCUUCUAUCAGGAAUAGAUCGGAACAUUUAUUUUUAUCCCUCGAUUCAGUAGUACGCCAUUGUUCACAAUGGUAAACCAGCUCUGUGACGUAUUGAAUUCCAUAUAACACUGGCCUUUAAUAAGUUGGAUAUGCCAGAGUGGAAAAUAAGAUUCUGAUUGUUGCAUAGCAGGAAAAAUAAUUUAUUCUAUCGAAUUUUGCUGGACAAAGUGGAAUAAAAGCAUCACUACAAUCAACACUCUGAUCACUAGAGUAUGGCAAUUUUCAUCUCUAUUUAUCCUGCGGCAUGAUAUUAAAGAUAUGUGAUGUUUUGUACAACAAGCGGCAAGGACCGUAGUCUGGGUGAAAGGAAAACACGCAAGUACAGUAUCCACAGUAGUUUCAUGAGCUCCACUGCUCGCUGGUGAACACAGGGGUGCCCAGGAGAGGGGCACAUAACUAGGAUUGACAUAGAAACGGAGUGAAGCUGGCAUUUUGAGAAGUGAAUUUACCCGGUGGGAAGGGGGGAUGUAUAAUAUCUAAUGGACCAGCGGGCAUGCGGAGGAAGAGAGAGCUCAGUGAAUAUUAUAUUUCGCAAGUUCCCGCGGAGAGAGGUACUGCCUUUAAUCGUUCUAAUAUUUAUUGCUGAUUCGGUGAGGAAUAAUAUUGCAUAACCAACGUCUAUGUGACACAACUCCACUCGGCAUUUUUAAUCUCUUAAUUUGUGGACUUUUUUCAAUUUAGAGAGGGGUCUACACGAUCUGUCAAGACAUUUCAGCAUGACUUUGACUUCCCAAUUCUCUUGGAAAAUUGGGUGCGGUCAUCGAUCCUAACACGGGACAAUAUAUACAAACAAGGGAAAACUAUGUUCUUCCUAUAUAUCUGGCAGAAAAUACCUAAUUAAAAGACAUAAUUAAACAAACUAUUGACAAAGGAAAUGAAAGAAAAAAGGAGAAUCGUCUGAAGCGAGAGAAGAUGAAGAGGAGACGUCGCACUCUCCGAGCAUCGCACUGAUCCAGCCUGACUGCACGCGGCACGAACUACAUGGUGGGGCUAGGGGACCUUGAAUCGCGUCACGUGACCACCAAGGUGCAUACAGGAACACAAGCUGAGGGUGACACCCGAGGAGUUUAAAAUAUCUGGGAGUAGCUGUAAUCGACGGGGAUCUUGCUCAGGAUGCUGAGCAAUCAUCCUACGUUGAUAGGCUUAGGGUCACGUGAAGAGGAGGAAGAAGGUGCGUGGCUAUUUGCCCGAGGCUGGAUACACGUCCUAAACAGCUGAGAAUGUCGGAACAAAACGGUCCCACCGACGGCCCUGGCUGGUGGCCACCAACGCAACCAUGGAAGAGUUCAUCGACAACUGUUGCUGGUACAUCGGUUGUAACACGCAAUCCUGAGACGGGGAAAAAUGUAUCAGUUACGACAAUCAAUGUACCACCACUACAGGCUAUGCACGAUGGAAAAAGUGUCAAAUACCUGGGUGGUCAGAAUGGCGUGACAGUAUCGGUGGUAUCUUCCUGCGGUAGUAGUUCCAGCCCCGGUGGUAUAAAUGGUCCUGAAGCAAAUUCUGUGGAUGAUCUUGAGGACAGCGAUGGCGAAGUUAGUAAGAUCGACUUUCGUGGUGUCAAUUUACGAACUAAAAAAAAAAGAGACGGCGAUCCAGACUGCGGAUCGAAUGCCGAUGAUACACAUGAGCAGCCAGAGCGACCAAUGUCAUGGGAGGGUGAAUUGUCGGAUCAAGAGAUGUCUUCCAAUACUAUUACAAAUCAAGAGCACGAAGAGACUUCAAUGGAGGGAGUGCAGGUCUGCAGUGCAAGUCCUGGUCCACAAGAGCAAAAAUUUCCGAUAAAACCAGAGCCAGAUUUUCGCUCCAGUGACACUGCAAUGCCCCUAUCCCAUGGUCAGGGCCUUCAGCAUCCCCAACAGCAACAGCACCAUCCUCAACAGAGGGACUUGGAGCAGAAUCAGCAGAGUGAUUUACCGCUUUUAGUGGGAAAACUUCUCGGAGGUUACAAUAGUUCAACCCCCAACCACAGUCCAAUCCUGAAUCCUCGACAUCAUCUCCAGAAACACGGUCACACGAGGUCGCAGGUCCCAUCGCCCGACUCAGCUAUACACUCAGCCUAUAGUGUCUUCAGUUCUCCAACUCAAUCGCCUCACGCAGCUCGACACAAUGCCCUUGGUGCUGGUAGCCCAGUGCCAUCAUCAUCCCUCUCAUUAUCACGUCACAGUUUCAACAAUUCAACAUCAUCACUCUCCCUUUCCCUGUCUCACUCCUUAUCUCGCAAUAAUUCAGACGCCUCGAGCAGUUGCUACAGCUACGGCUCCCUGAGCCCACCCACCCACUCACCAGUUCAACAGCCCAGGCACGCCCAUCCCCAUCAUCAUCAACUACCCCAAGGUAGUCCUCUGCAUCUGCCCUCAGGUACAGCGACAAACUCAGCCCAUUAUUCAAAUCCACCGGAUUUACCAAAUGACGUACAUACCGAUGAUCAGGAGGAUUGUAAAAUACCAUCUGCACCUUCAGGCAUAUCAACGAGACAACAACUCAUCAACAGUCCAUGCCCAAUAUGCGGUGACAAGAUAAGUGGCUUUCAUUAUGGUAUAUUCUCGUGUGAAUCGUGCAAGGGUUUCUUCAAACGUACUGUACAAAAUCGUAAGAAUUACGUGUGCCUGAGGGGCGCCGGUUGUCCUGUUACUGUCGCUACGCGAAAAAAAUGUCCAGCAUGUAGGUUUGAUAAGUGUCUCAACAUGGGUAUGAAGCUCGAGGCAAUACGUGAGGACAGAACAAGAGGUGGUAGGAGUACCUAUCAAUGUACAUAUACGCUACCAGCUAAUCUCAUAGGUAACACGACUGGUGGUUUAUCUGGUGAUAAAAUGAAUGCUGGUAAUUGUAGUCCAGCGCCAACGGGGGAUCACCAUCAUUCAUCAAGACAUCACUGGAAUCAUUCGCAUAAUAAAAUGCAAGUUGUACCACAGUUGCUUCAAGAUAUCAUGGAUGUUGAGCAUCUUUGGCAUUAUAAUGACAAUGAUAGGGCAGGUCAGGGGAAUGGAACUGGAGGCCUUGGUGAAUCUCUGGGAAUUCCCACCGGGAGCAAUGGGAAUUUAGACUGUCGAGGCGAACCACCAUGUCCAAGCCCUGGACCAUCGCCCAAUCAUCAGGAACCAAAUUCUUCAAAUGAUCAGACUAAUUCUGGGACCAAUUCCAGUGGAAAUGGGAACUCCUCUCAGCCACCGGAUUUUCUAUCGAAUUUGUGCAAUAUCGCUGAUCACAGACUUUAUAAAAUAGUCAAGUGGUGCAAGAGUCUGCCGCUAUUCAAAAAUAUAUCAAUUGAUGAUCAAAUAUGCCUUCUUAUUAAUUCAUGGUGUGAAUUAUUACUGUUCUCAUGCUGUUUUCGGAGUAUGAGUACGCCUGGUGAAAUAAGGGUAUCCUUGGGAAAGUCAAUUACACUUGAACAAGCCAGGCAGUUGGGUUUGGCUACUUGUAUCGAGAGGAUGCUUGCUUUUACGAAUAACCUGAGACGACUGAGGGUUGAUCAAUACGAAUAUGUGGCAAUGAAGGUAAUAGUUCUAUUAACUUCUGACACAAGUGAAUUAAAAGAACCUGAGAAGGUCCGUGCCUCCCAAGAGAAAGCACUCCAAGCCCUUCAGCAAUACACGAUAGCGAGAUAUCCCGAAAUGCCAGCGAAAUUUGGAGAACUCCUUCUUCGAAUACCCGAUCUCCAGAGGACAUGCCAAGCCGGCAAAGAAUUGUUGAGUCAAAAGCGAGCAGAGGGCGAGGGUAGCUCUUUCAAUUUACUCAUGGAACUCCUUAGGGGCGAUCACUGAACGAACAAAUCCAAAUAUUUUGGUUUUCAAGGAAAAAAAGAACAAUAACGACAUAUUCUUCCAGGGGGACAAAUUAUCAAACCCACAAUUCCUCGCUUAUCGAGUCCGUGAGCGACCGGGAAUCAGGUUUUAAUUAUUAAGGUGAUAGUUCGAUUGACUAGAGAGAAUCUAAAUGAAGAAAAUAUACAAAAAAAAUGACUGUAACUUUGCGGAUCGGUCGUUAUAACGAUUAGCUCACUGGUGAGGGGACAUACAUUCUUUUUUACAAGACAAAAGAAUUAUUCUAAAAUUAGAGUGAUAGAUGACUUAUAUGAUAAUAUAUAUUUUAUACUGAGAAAUAAUGCUUCCAUUGAAGAUGAACGGAGGGCUCGCGCUCUUGCAUUCCUGCCUUGAUACACAGGAGUUCUUGUUUAUUGAUAAUUUUUUUUUUCGUUUUUUUUUUUAAAGAAAAAAGGAGCCUGUCCGAUUAUUGUUCGUAGCGUCCAAGCGUGCGUCCAGGUGCAAGUGAGACUGAAAUUUUAUUAGAGGCGAGGGCUUGGUGGAAUUGGACGCGCGCACUAUUUUCUAUUUCUCCUUAUUAUAAUGUUACAGAUGUGGUGAAAGGAUGAGUGAAUGGAUUCUGUUUUGUAUGUAUUUGCAAAUGAUGAGGGAGCACAUAAUUCGUAAUAUUGCGGCGAAUCCAACCAGUAUUUUGUACCGUUUUUUUAACGUUUACUUAAUGGCAAAGCGUAAUUGUCUCCCAGUAAUGACAAUGUACUUAAAAAGCAAAAGAAACAAAAAAAAAGGAUUUAAUUUUAAAUGCUUCAUGAUUUAAAUAGCUUACGUAGCCAUGUGCCUUUUCUGAGAUGGCAAUUUGAAUUUUUUAGAUGUUUUUUUCAUUGAAUUCAACCACAUGUUCGUACUUUACUAUCUAUUCGUGUCGUUUAAUGUAAUUUUUCGGCGGAUUAGGAGAAAUUUUUGUGAAGUUUAAACUAGCAAUUUACUCACCAGUGGGAAAUUCCAAUUGAUUGACUUUUUAUGAGCGUAAGAUUCCCACAAUCAUGAGCAAAUGAAUUGCUCAUGCUUUUAUAUUCCCCUGAGUGGAUUAUUUCCCUAGUUUCAGCUUCAUUAAAUUGUUUUUUAUUCAGUGCCUGCGUCGAACAACUGUCAGUUGCUGGACGUUAAUUAUUCCGUGACUGAAUGUAUGAGUACUAAUAGCUUAAUAUCUAGUGUAUACUGGUAAACAUGAAAUGAUAUAUGGAGUGGAUUUGAAGCCGUUUGGCCCCAGUCUUUUAGAAAAAUUUUAUUAUUUUUUUUAUUUUUUAUUUGGUGUCUAUGUUUCACGCGCCGUGUAUCGUAGUUGAUACGCGUUCUAGCGCGUGCAUUGUUGGCCUUUUGUGCUCUUUCGGCAUUUUCCUGCGAUGCCGUAGGGGGCGAAUAUCAUAGUUGUAGAAAUAAAAAUGGAGAAAUCCACGUGAACUCAAGGUGAGUAUCACCGAUUAUAUUGCCGAUUUUUUUCUGUGGUUGUACAUGAAAAAAAAGACUUUUUCAUUUUUUUUAGAUUUUUUUUUACACAUCCGGUAAGCAGUCAUACAUAUUUUUUAAAUUUCAUCUUUAAAUGCUCAUUUGAAAACAAUUGAAAUGUCGUCUUAUCUGAUGUACAAGCACAGAGGGAAUCAGUGCUGUGAUCGACAUUGCUGAGGUCAUUGAUCACAUUGAAUACACAUGGAAUACCUCAAAUUGAAACGUUUUUGAUGAAAACAUUUUUGUAAUGCCCAACAAAAAAAAAAGACUGCGAUGUAGAGAAAAGUGGAGUACAUGUAGUGAACAUGAUGAAUCACCAAAUAUGCGUGGGACAAACGUGCAUUAAUGAAGCCCGAUGAUCAUGGGCUUGAUAGUUUUUAGUAUACGCUGGCGAUACUUUAUGAUCAUUGUGGAUGAAGUGACAAACCACUCGUUAAUCCCCGCAUACUAAAAAUUAAUUCGAUUGUUCAACAUUUCGAUAUCACUGAGUGAUUCUGGAAUAAUUAUGAAUGAAUGUUUGGCAACUGAAGUUCCGAUGGUGUAAAAAACCGACUGAUGAAAUAAAUAAACUUCAUCAUAAUACUUAAUGUAAUGGUAAUAGGAACAAAAAAAGUAUCCAGUAUUCCCGAUGAUUCAUAAUAAAAUUGGUAUUAUAAAUGUUAAAAGUGAAUGUCAGUUGGGUUAGGACGAGGAGACUUGUAAAUAUUGAGAUGAAAAAAAAAAUAUAGAACAAAACAUUUUAUAAGUUCGAGACUCGUCAACUUAGUGCAAGAUGAAUGAGGGAAAGUGAUGCUGAUUUAUGAAAAAUGUUUAACCGAAUACAAGUACUUUUUUUCAACAAUUAAGCGUUGAAAGUAAAUGAUAAAGAUCAAUAUUUGCCUGUUGAAAAGUGACUAUUCUAUGUUUAUAUUUGAUAAUAUAGCUAUUUCUACGUCUUUUUAAUGUAAUACUUAUGAUUACAAUUCGAGAAAGAUUGUUUUUUACGUGAACAAAUGAAAAAAGAAAUCCCAUAUUGAUUAAAUUAUUUAUACCCUCGUUCAUGGAACGCAAUAAUAAUGUAAAGAAAAAUCAUUUCAAAAAAUAAAUGCAGCUAUUUUUUGUAAAUCAGGAUCAUGGCUGCACGUUGCGUAUCUACAAGGAUUUUUAUCACAAACAAUGAGAGAUUUAUAUGUAGAAACAUUCGCCAAUGAUGACAAUAUUUAGGUGAAACGUUGAAAAUAAAUCGAAUUGCAUUAGAUAUUCGAAAGAGCUUAAUAAUGACAGACUGUAUUUUCAAUUAAAUCCAUAAAGAAGACAUCUAUGAAUAAUAGUGAUACAAAUUGAUAAGCCUAAGCAUUAAGCUGAAGAAAAUAAAGAGCCAAGCUAUAAUAAUGAAAGAUAUCCCUGUAGCAGUAACACAUUUGACAGAUACUCAUCAAGUAUCUUCAUCAUCGUGAUGUUGUACACGACAAUAUCAAAAAACAGUCUAAAUCCGUGGUUAAUGAGUCAUAAAAAAAAAUUCUAUCAUCGAAGCUUGACUUGUGAAUGAGAGAACGUUUUUUGAAACAAUUUAAUUCUAUAUUCAAUAUAGGCACAAGGCUAUUUCAAGUUGAUACAGUGGAACGUCGCGGUUUUAUAAGCAGUACGAAUUUUCAUUGAAAAAUAAAAGAAAAACUUUUUACAGAAGUAAA